CUUCCAUUUUACAGAGAGUCCAGUCUAUAGACUCCCUGCCUUUUGCAGGAGCUUGACAUAUGGGAACAGUCUCUGCAAGCUGCGAUAAAUGGUCCACUAUGUUGGCCAAUAACAACGUGUUCAUCUCCGGCGAGGGCUAAUAGUGCGGUAGAGGGGUCUUUGUGGUUUUACAGCCUUCCAAUUGCCACAUCCUUGACGCAUUUAUGGGCCUUUCGUGCAGUGUGUUUCAGUCAGAUAGCACACCUGUUAUCAUCAGAUCCGACGCUUCGCACGGAGGCAAUGCGGACUUGCCUGAACGUGUCUGAAAUGGAGGACUGUCGCCAGCAAACUUUUGCCUUCCACAGAAUGGUUUGCCUGAGUAUGCUCUAUUUCAAACAGAGCACGUUGAGAUUCUACGGUGCAGCGGCGGUCACCCUUCCGCUAAGAGUGACACAGAUGGCCUUGUUACUGCUGCCUGCGGAUUCGUGAUAUGCGGCCUUUUUCUCUGGUGAGCAUGGUAUCUUUUCAAUUGAUCAAUAGGGCCUGAUGCUCCAAAGUCCGGCUCAGAAUGUAUCCCUUAUUAUUGCCAUUUUGCCUAGGGCCAAACAAAGCAUUUGAUGACUGGAUGAAGGUCAUCCUCUCAAUAAUUUCGUGUUUUCGAUGCAACUGGCUGGUUAAUGCGGGUACAUACUAUCAGGAGUGGGAGUACAUAAUCUGUGAAAGAACUGAAAAGUGAUUCCCGGCCAAGUAUCCAUGCUUAUACAUCCCACUUCAAGUACCCCUCCUCCCCCAUACCAUAAUAUCUUACGGAAGCUAAAAUAAUAAACCAG